AAGAAAAGAGGUAGUGAGCUGGUGUUUCAGGAUGUGAAGGCCCGCAGGAGCACAGCGAGCUCUCUCCACUGCCUGCCUGCCACCCCAAGAGCUCCGAUCAGUGCUUCCACAAUCCUUGUGGUGGGUGGCCCCCCGUGGCGGGGACCUGUGAUCAGCGGCGGUAUGCCAGGGAAGCCCAAGCACCUGGGUGUCCCCAACGGGCGCAUGGUUCUGGCUGUCUCCGAUGGGGAACUGACCAGCACAGCAGGUUCCCAGGGUCAGAGUGAGGGCCGAGGCAGCUCCCUCAGCAUCCACAGCCUCCCCAGUGGCCCCAGCAGCCCCUUCUCCACAGAUGAUCAGCCUGUGGCCAGCUGGGCCCUGUCCUUUGAGAGGCUGCUACAAGACCCACUGGGCCUGGCUUACUUCACUGAGUUCCUGAAGAAGGAAUUCAGUGCAGAGAACGUAACUUUCUGGAAAGCCUGCGAGCGGUUCCAACAGAUCCCAGCCAGUGACACCAAGCAGCUAUCUCAGGAGGCCCACAAUAUCUACCAUGAGUUCCUGUCCAGCCAGGCGCUGAGCCCGGUGAACAUCGACCGACAGGCCUGGCUUAGUGAGGAGGUGUUGGCCCAGCCCCGGCCGGAUAUGUUUCGAGCCCAGCAGCUUCAGAUCUUCAAUUUGAUGAAGUUCGACAGCUAUGCACGCUUCGUCAAAUCCCCGUUGUACCAAGAGUGCCUGCUGGCUGAGGCCGAGGGACGCCCCCUGCGGGAACCUGGCUCCACGCGCCUCGGCAGCCCCGACACCUCGAGGAAGAAACCGAAGCUGAAGCCUGGGAAAUCGCUGCCGUUGGGCGUGGAGGAGUUGGGGCAGCUGCCGCUUGCUGAGGGUUCUUGUGGCCGCCCACUCCGCAAGUCUUUUCGUAGAGAGAUGACAGGUGGAGCUGUGAAUUCAGCACUGCGACGAGAGUCUCAGGGGUCCCUGAAUUCUUCCGCCAGUCUGGACCUGGGCUUCCUUGCCUUCGUGAGCAGCAAAUCUGAGAGCCACCGAAAGAGCCUUGGAAGUGGAGAGGGGGAGAGUGAAAGCCGGCCAGGGAAGUACUGCUGCGUGUACCUGCCUGAUGGCACCGCCUCUUUGGCCCUGGCUCGACCAGGCCUCACCAUCCGAGACAUGCUGGCAGGCAUCUGUGAGAAGAGAGGCCUCUCUCUACCUGACAUUAAGGUCUACCUGGUGGGCAAUGAGCAGAAGGCCCUGGUCCUGGAUCAGGAUUGCACGGUGCUGGCAGACCAGGAAGUACGACUGGAAAACAGGAUCACCUUCCAGCUGGAGUUGGCUAACCUGGAGCGUGUGGUGAGGAUCUCCGCUAAGCCCACCAAGCGUCUGCAGGAGGCGCUGCAGCCCAUCCUGGCAAAGCAUGGUCUGAGCCUGGAACAGGUGGUCCUGCAUCGCCCAGGGGAGAAGCAGCUGUUGGAUUUGGAGAAGCUAGUGAGCUCAGUGGCUUCACAGACACUGGUUUUGGACAUUCAUCCAGAUGCAAAGAUGAGUGAAGCCAGCAGCACAUCCCCCUGCCGUAGCCAGGGAUGCCUGCCUAGAGCCCAGGACAAGGAUACUCAUCUUCCCCCAUUGCCCUCCAGUUUGCUUGUGGAAGAUGCCAGCAGUACUACUGGGAAACGGCAGACCUGUGACAUUGAAGGCCUGGUGGAGCUGCUGAACCGGGUGCAGAGCAGUGGGGCCCAUGACCAGAGGGGACUUCUUCGCAAAGAAGACCUGGUACUUCCAGAAUUUCUGCAGCUUCCUUCCCAAAGGCCGGGCUCCCAGGAGGCUCCACCAUAGACUGAAUCAACCACCCAGCCUAAGGAGGGCCUUUCAGACUCCUCUGCCACCCAGCCCUCUGACGCCUGUGUAACAGUCCAGGUUGGCUGCAUGGUGCCUGGGCGGACCAAGCAUGCAUGGGUCCGCUCUGCAUGCCCUGUCUGCACCCUGAGUGUCCCUGGCCCCUUUCUGCUAUGGGCGGGCCCACAGAAGGAGCCAGGAAGGGAUGGAAGGGGAACUCAGAGGAACCACGUGCCCAGACUAUGGCUACCUGUUCUCAUAGGUUCACCUACCUGUGCUUUGCAGCUAGGCCAUCAGGGGAGGCCAGGCCAGCCUCUUGGCAUAAGCAUACUGAACACAAAUGGGUGACUUUGGCAGUGCCAGCCUCCUCAGCUUGUUCUAAGCUUUGGCAGGGGGCAGGAGGAGGGGCUGGCCCCUCCUUAAAGAGUUGAUACAAGUAAAUUCCAGGCGCACUGGUGAGCAACCCCCCCCCUCCAUUCACUUAGACUCUACUGUACAUAGGGAUUUUAUGGUUGGCUUGGGGCAGCUGGGUUUGUCCUGAAUGUAUGAUAUUGUUAUAAUAAUGAUAAUUAUUAUUAUUCAGCCGAGGU